AUGGCUCCGAAGAAGGGAAAGGGAAAUGAUGUACCAAAGCCACCACCACUGAUUGGAAGGUUUGGCACAUCACUGAAAAUAGGGAUUGUCGGCCUUCCCAAUGUAGGGAAGUCAACCUUUUUCAACGUGCUGACAAAGAGUCAGGCAGCAGCUGAAAAUUUCCCCUUCUGCACCAUUGACCCAAAUGAAAGCAGAGUGCCCAUUCCAGAUGAACGCUAUGAUUUCCUCUGCCAAUUCCACAAACCUGCCAGCAAAAUCCCGGCGUUCCUUAAUGUUGUAGACAUUGCUGGUCUGGUGAAAGGUGCUCAUGCUGGCCAAGGCCUGGGAAAUGCCUUCCUGUCCCAUAUCAGCGCCUGCGACAGCAUCUUCCACAUGACACGUGCAUUUGACGAUGAGGAUAUCAUCCAUGUUGAGGGAACAGUGGACCCCGUGAGGGAUAUGGAGAUCGUCCACGAGGAGCUGAGGCUGAAGGAUGAGGAGAUGAUCGUCCCUAUUAUUGACAAGCUGGAGAAGACUGCCAUUAGAGGCGGUGACAAGAAACUCAAACCAGAAUACGACGUUAUGUGCAAAAUCAAGAGCUGGGUACUGGAUGAAAAGAAACACGUCCGCUAUCACGAUUGGAACGACAAGGAGAUUGAAGUGUUGAACAAAUACUUGUUUUUGACAUCCAAACCAAUGAUUUACCUCGUUAACCUCUCGGAGAAAGACUACAUCAGGAAAAAGAACAAAUGGUUGGUGAAAAUAAAGGAGUGGGUGGACAGUCACGACCCCGGGGCCUUGGUCAUCCCCUUCAGCGGCGGCCUGGAGAGCCAGCUACAGGACCAGAGUGAAGAGGAAAGACAGAAGUACUGCACAGAGCACAAGACGCAGAGCGCCCUGACCAAGAUCAUCAAGACAGGCUAUGGAGCCCUGCAACUGGAGUACUUCUUCACUGCCGGACCAGAUGAGGUCCGUGCAUGGACCAUUCGGAAAGGAACUAAGGCUCCACAGGCUGCGGGGAAGAUCCACACAGACUUUGAGAAGGGCUUCAUUAUGGCGGAAGUAAUGAAAUUCCAGGAUUUUAAAGAGGAAGGCAGCGAGAACGCUGUCAAGGCAGGGGGAAAAUACAGACAGCAGGGAAGAAACUACAUCGUUGAAGAUGGAGACAUCAUCUUUUUCAAAUUUAAUACACCAAAUGCACCAAAGAAAAAGUGACUCGGGAACAAUUCACUGGUUUACAUAACUGACUGACUGUGCGGGUCUGACACCCACUGCCACACUCUCACUUUUUGUUUUCUGUCCUGUAGGAUCAAAUCCCCCCUCUGUGCCAAAGCCCAGGUUCACUAAACUCUGACAGCUUUGCUAUUUAAGAUCAGGAUCGGCCCCCCACUCCAAAUUGUAGCAGCAUUUGAAGGAGCAUAUUACUCUCCAGAUACUUCAUUAAUCUCCAUCACGGGUGCCAGCACUGACACAGCUGACAGCGGGGACAAUGCCACCUGCUCCUCUCCCCCUUCUGCAGAUAAUGCAUGUUUUACAGUAGCCCAGAUGUCUACACUCAA